AUUGCCGUUUAGUGACAACGCUGCAGACGUUUGUGCUGUUCGUGAAUUGCUUCGUUUUCUACUUCGUAUGCAAACAAUAAUAUUAACUCAAGUAAUAAACGUCAAAAUUUAUUGAACAAUUUUAUUAUUAUUAUUAAACUAACAUUAAUAAUAACUUAACGCUGGGUGCAUAUGUGCGCGCUAAGAACUGCAACUAUACAUAUCUGUUAAGGCUUUAUUAUACACUUUAGCUCCAAGUGACCAAAAACCUUUGAUCGAAAUAACAAUUCUUAACCAACACAGGCUGUAUUACAAAUUUAGUUCACAUGGGAGUACUGAAGUAUUAAAAUCAAGACUUGGUGUUGAUGAGACUUUAUGAUCGUCAAUCAAUAUUCCAUUUAAUCUUUUUAGUAAAGUAUACAUGAUGGGGUUAAUAUAGACUUAUUAUUCUGCUACUAUAAUAAAAAAUGACUGAGUACGUCGGAUUUGCUAGUUUGCCAGAUAUAGUACAUAGGAAGACAGUUAAAAAAGGAUUCGAAUUCACAUUAAUGGUAGUAGGCGAGUCUGGCCUGGGAAAAUCUACUCUAAUUAACACUUUAUUCCUUAGUGACCUUUACAAAGAUCGAAAAACGUCUGAUUAUGUUCCUCCCCAGACUGCAAAAGUUGAAAAACAAACGUUAUGCAUUGAAGAACAAGGUGUGAAAUUAAGAUUAACUGUUGUCGAUACGCCCGGUUUCGGUUCUUCUUUAACUAGCGACGAAUGCAUUACAACAUGUUGCGAGUAUAUUGAUGAACAAUUCCGAGCUUAUUUCUCCGAAGAAAGUGGAGUCGUCAGAAAGAACAUAGUCGACAAUCGCGUUCACUGUUGUCUAUAUUUUAUUCCACCUCAUUGCCAUAGUCUCAGACCAUUAGACAUAGAGUUCAUGUUAAGUAUUCAUGAAAAAGUCAAUGUUAUACCGGUCAUAGGCAAAGCAGACAUGUUAACAGAGAAAGAAAAGGCUCGAGUCAAGCAAAAAAUAAACGAUUCAAUCAAAGAAAAUGGAAUAAAAGUUUAUCAAUUACCAGACUGUGAAAGUGACGAAGACGAAGAUUUCAAACAACAAGAUAAAGAACUUAAAGCAUGUUUGCCUUUUGCCGUAGUUGGUAGCAAUACGAUAUUAGAGGUAAACGGUAAAAAAAUGAGAGGUAGACAAUAUGAUUGGGGAUUAGUGGAAGUGGAUAAUCCAAAUCAUAGCGAUUUUGGAAAACUGCGUAAUAUGUUGAUAUCUACACACAUGCACGAUUUAAAAGAAGUAACUGAGGACGUUCAUUAUGAAAAUUACCGUACACAAUUGAUCUCGAAAAUUUCACAACAGGCGUUUAAAGAUAGAGGAAAAAUAAAAAGAGAUUCCGUGCCAAAAUUACCAGUAGCGCUUGACGAGACUGACAUUUUACUAUUUCAAAAAGAUGAGGAAUUACGCCGAAUGCAUGAUGUACUCGCUCAAAUGCAAGAAAAACUUAAGAGCAACAAUGAAAAGAGUAAUCACAGUUUAUAUUUGUCAGCACAAAAAUCUCUGGAAAAAGAAAACAAAAAAAUGGAGAACGUAAUCAAUGUUUAGUACAUAUUUAUGUGUUUUGAAUGUUUAGGGAUAAAUAUCCAAAUUGUAUCGAACCUUGAGAAAAAGUAGAGGCAAAGUGUGUAUACAGCGGGUGCAUAAUAAUUUUUGUUCAUUGUAAUAUCGACUUUCUUUAGAAAACGUGUUAUGAUGUAUUAUUGUUUCAAUAUUGAAAAUUUAUUGCGUAUUAAUCCUUGACUUAUAGUAUAAGAAUUAUAAUUAUUAUUAAAAUAACUAAAAUUGUUUUAUACUUAGAAGUAUGAAUAAUCUGUAGAUAUGAAUAAACAUCAUACGUAUUAAAGUAUA